UACAAACGACAACAAAUGGGAGAGUGAAGAGACGGGAUGACAGGAUGGAAGUCGUCCAAUCAGCUUCCAAUGACGAAAUAUCACGGCAACUGCCAUCGUCUCUCCACUUCACCCUCAUCAUUGCCUCUGAUUGGAGGAAACUAACAGCAGCGCUGAUACCACACGAGAUUUACCACACAUCCCGGCUACCCGGGUAACACAAAAUUUCGUUAUGGAAACUCACUGUACUUCUGCAUCUUUUCGUCCCAUUGUACCACCUUCGACAUUCCAUUACAGUAUUCCCAAUCCUUUAUAUCCUCCCACUUUACCGUUAGAAAGGAGCUUGCCUAUUCCUAGAAUGAUGACCCUGAGGACAGAUUAUUCGCUUCCUCUAGGUGGUAUUUUGUCUGACAGAGGUGGCAUCGUCGAUCAGAGAACUUCUCCCUUACCCGACUCCUGUCGUUCUCCUUCGCCUCAGAACGGACGUUUAACUCCUCGACCCGUCAUCCGCGGAUCUCCUUCUUCUCCUAGUGAAGCUGGCAACACUGACGGGCCCGAUACGGGUGACGAGCAUCCACCCGCUUCUACGGACGACGAGAUGUCACCCAAAGAACCCCAGACUUUGCAUACAGAUGUAAACGCAAUAACAAGUAAAUUCGAUGGAAGAAACGAAAGUUAUCCGGACACGACCGAAUCGUGCACAGGUAAAAAGUCAAGACACGCAAAAUCCGUCCGUCUUUGCAUCAAUGCUAGAGAAAGAAGACGUAUGCACGACCUGAACGAUGCCCUAGACGAACUCAGAGCCGUUAUACCCUAUGCCCAUUCGCCAUCUGUACGAAAGUUAUCCAAAAUUGCAACCCUUCUCCUAGCCAAGAACUAUAUACUGAUGCAAGCAAAUGCAUUGGAAGAGAUGCGUAGGAUCAUAGCUUAUAUGAAUCAAGCGGGGGUACCUUUACCACCAGCUGCAGCUGCUGCAGCUGCCGUAGCUGCCACACUACCCGCCCUAUCACCGGUAGCUGGAUACGGAGAAUCGGGAUUCAACUUCAGAAGCGGUGGUGUCACAUCUUCCACUGACAAGGUUCCACCCCCUUUACAAGCCUCUACACCUCCUAUUUUCCAAAUGAACAGUACACAGAGUAAUGGAUGCAACCAAUGCAGUGAUAAAGUGUAAUGCGGUAAAAC